GAAAGAGAUUGCCCAGCUGCAAAACAAGGAAGUUGCACUUAAGAAGACAGCAGCUAAAGGCAGCAAGGCUGAACAGAAAGCUAAGAAAAAACAAGUGGAGGAAGAGAUAUCACAACUUUCUGCAAAGCUUAAGGAAAACCAUGCAGAGGAACUAGCUUCUUUAGGGUAUAACAGUACUAAGAAGGAGGAGAGAGGCAAUCUAGACAGUUUGGUGAGGGCCAUAGCUGGGGUUUCUGUCACUGGUCAACCGGACCAAUCAAAGCCCAGUAAGAGUGUCAAGCGACGUGAGAAAAGAGCACAAGAAGAAGCAGCCAGAGAGCAAAGAAUACAAGAAGAGCAGAGCAAAAUUACAAGUGAUCGAAUGAUUGAGAGCGAAAAGUUGGAAAGAAAGCUAGAACCUCUUGGCUUGACUGUGAAUGAAAUAAAACCAGAUGGGCACUGUCUCUACCGUGCCGUUGAGGGUCAGCUCGCCCUCAUCUCAGGCAGUACUUCUCCAUAUACUUACCAAGAACUUCGAGAGAUGGUGGCUGCUUACAUGAGGAAACACGCGUCUGAUUUUGUUCCCUUUUUCCUGUCUGAGAGUAUGGCAGAUGGAGACUCUGAUGGUUCUCUUGCAGAGAGGUUUGAGAAUUACUGUCGAGAAGUGGAGUCAACAGCAGCAUGGGGAGGACAAUUAGAGCUCGGUGCUUUAACUCACUGCCUGAAGAAACACAUCAUCAUAUUUUCAGGAUCCUUCCCUGAUGUCGAGAUGGGAAAGGAAUACAAAUCCGAUAGUAGCAGAACUGGCUCAUCCAAUUCCAGUGUCAUGCUAUCAUACCAUAGGCAUGCAUUUGGACUUGGCGAGCAUUACAAUUCUGUCGUCCCAGUUUGA